UAUUCGCUUCUCGUUUUUGCGAACUCCGGCGGUGAAGCUAUCGUAAAAAUAUUGUUUGUUUAACAGAAAAACGAUAAAAUUCGUAUUUAUAACGAACUAUAUGGUUACAAUUUACAUCUAAUACAUUUAUGGCGGUUAAAUACCGGCCGGUUUCGGCUACAACUUGUGUUUUGAAGCUGAAAUGUGAACCGAAUUAUGUUUCAUUUUUCUAAGAUCAUAUUUCGUAUUUCCAACAGCUUUAACAUUGAUUGUUUCGUGAGAAACGAGGUGUCGUGUUCGUGUUUUACCGGAUAGUCGUUGUAAAGUGUGUGAGACGUAGCAAUGAUGGACGCCUGCUGUUCCCGCUUCACGGCGGCGGAGGGCGGCGCCCGGCUGGCCGCCGCAGCCUCCACCAAGAACAUCCUCGCCGUGGAGUACGCUAGCUUCAUACCCGUCCGGCUACUCUAUGAAAAAGCUCAUCAGAUCCGCGGCUCUCUAUUCGAAGGCAGUAAGCGCUCGAUAUACAUAACGAGAGCGUCCCGAGUGCAAGUAGUAGCGUUCGAGCUGAAGAUACUCACGGACCUUGGUACGGUGGCCGCGCAGACUUAUGAUGAGGUCUAUGACUGGAUGGCUGAGCUGGAGACUAAAGAGGUAGUAAUAUGCACUUCAGCGGUCUUAAAACGGAUACUAGAGGAGGAGUUAUUGUCUAUGAGUAACAUCAACGUGCUGAUUGUGGACAGUUGCCAUCUAAUCUACAAGGAUGAAGAUUUGAAAUAUAUCAUGCGCACCUACAAAGAAUGCUCAAAAACUGAUCAACCAAUCAUCUUAGCCCUUACUUACCCACUAUUCAACUCGAAAAAAGACACCGAAGACAAGAAAGAGACAGCAGAACAAAGCGAGAAAGAGAAAGAAGACACAAUUUCUACAAGCGAGAAAGAGAAAGAAGACACAGUUUCUCUAAGCGAGAAAGAGAAAGAAAACACAGUUUCUCUAAGCGAGAAAGAGAAAGAAAACACAGUUUCUCUAAGCGAGAAAGAGAAAGAAAACACAGUUUCUCUAAGAGAGAAAGAGAUAGCAGAUGAUUCGAUGACUCCGUCUUCGGAAGGAGUGAGUGAGACGGAGCAUAGGGUUUUCGAACGUGCGAAAGGGACGGAGAUAGAGGAGAUUGGCGUUUAUAAGAAUUUGGAUGAUUUUGAUAUGUAUGAGAAGCUUGAGUGGAAGAUUGAAGAGUUGGAGAAAGAGUUGUGCUGCCAAAUGGAUUUGGCUGAAGAUAUUGAUGGGGGGAAAAGGAUGUCAGCGUCAGUGAGUAAGCCUCGGGAGCUGAUCAUAGAGUACGAUGGCAAGCCGACGGAGGAUCAGCUGCCCGAAGUAUACCGGGACCUCGACAACUACAUGCGGGACACCGUGCAGGAUGCUCUGGACUUCAUCGAGGAUCACAGACACGACCCCACAGAGAUAUACGGCGAUGAGUUGUACGACGAGUUCAUGAGCAUUCCGGACCCCACCAUAGAUCCUAAAAUGGUGUUCAAGAAGUUUUUGUACGUUUUGGAACAACUGGGACCUUACGCAGCGGACAAAGCAGCCUUCUGUCUCCUAAAUAAACUAGAAAAAUUAAAAAUCAAAAUUCCAUACGAAAGACAUUUUAUUCUAAUGUGUUUAUGCACAACAGUGUUUGUGAAAAUCCGAUGUUAUGCCGAACUAGUUUUCAAUACAAUAGAAGAUGAAUGGUUAAGAAUCAAGACGUUUUCGACUCCGAAAAUAUUAAGAUUCGUCGAAAUUUUGGAGAAAUUCAAACCGCCCGAUGCUAAAAAUUCGACUGGUAUCAGGCAGGAGUGUGAUGGUGUUGCUAUCAGAUCAGAGUGUGAUAGCAAAGAUGAUAUCAAUCACGCGAAAAAUAAAGAGAAUAAUGUCAAGAAAUUAUUAAAAGAUAUUGAAUCGUGUGAUUUUAAUACUUUAGGCGAUAAAAUACAGGAUAGAGUCCACAUAUACGAAUCGAAUUUAAAAGAUUUAUCGGAAAACGACGAAAAAUCGGACACGUCGACCGAUAGUCCGAAAAAUCUACCGAAUAAAAUACCGGACGUAUUAUCCGAUACGAAAUCUGAUACCAAUGACAAAUUAGACACUCAGCCAGAUGGUCAACAGGAAAGUCUGCCGGGCAGCGAAACUCUGCCGGGCGGCCAAGAAACUCUGCCGUCUACCAAAAUUGGUAUGGAUAGUAAAGGGAAUGAGUUUCUUUUUCAACAACGGGGGUUGUUAGGGUUUACAAGGAGGGCUGGAAAUAGGCUGCGGGGUAAAUCCAGAAUGCAAAGGAACAAUGCAGCCAGGGCGUUGCAGAUGCAACAGAAUCCCGACGCGCUCUGCGGGAUCGUGUUUAUGAAGGAACCGCUGAUUGCCAAGAUCAUGUUUAUGGUUAUUGUGGACAUGUCUCGCUGCAACCCGAGCCUGAGCUACGUGUGUGUACAGUUCUGUGCCACCGAGUCCCCGGCCGACCCGGGCACCGAACCCCGGGAGUGUCUCCGGCAGGGGAAGCGACAGGAAGACGUGCUGAAGAAGUUCCGUAUGCACGAAUGCAACCUCCUCCUAGCGACGUCAGCGCUGGAGGAGGGCAUCGACCUCCCGCGGUGUAACCUCGUACUGCGGUGGGAUGUACCGCCUUCCUACCGUUCGUACGGGCUGUGUCGCGGUCGGGCCCGCGCCCCGCGCGCCGCGGCCGGCCUGCUGUGUAGCGACAGUAGCGAUACUACCGACUUGUUGCUGCACCAUGUAGCUACGUACAGGGAACUGGAUCAGAUUAUAAGCCGCAAAUGCGGCUGUGGCAUUCAGGACGAACCGCCCCAAACGGAAGAGGAUCACGCAGAUGCCUUCACCACCUUCGUCAAACCAUAUUCACCCAACGACAACAAAAAUACAAAUACAAAUACAGGAAAAGUCAAUGACACAGACGCCAAUGACACGCUAGCAACGAAUGACACAGAGCCAAUAAACUCUGACACAAUGCCAAUGAAUGACGCGGUGGCAAUCGAUACGGAUGAUAAUUUACAUUUGGAUGUAGAAAAAAAUAUAUGUGAAAUUGAUGUUAGUAUUCAAAGUAUGAAUAUUAACAGUGAUUUAGUAGAAUUGAAUGAUAAAUUAGUCAAAGAUUUGAAGAUAGAUAACACGAAAGAGAUAGAUGAUAAAAAUGAUAGUGUUUCACCUAAAAUUGAUGAAAUUAUUUCACAAAAUAAUGAGACUGGUGAAAUAGAACUAAAUUCCUCUAUAAAAGAUGAAAAAGUAAAAGAAAAUGAUAUAAAAAUAGAUGCUACAAAGAAAAAAUCGCAGAAAGAUAAAGAUAAAUCGACAAAAGAUAAAGAUAAAUCGUCCAAAGAUAUGUCGUCUAAAGUGUAUUGUAAUAAGUGUUUUAAUACGAAAUUAAAUGGUGUAUGUUUGUGUACAAAUGUGAAUUUGUACCAUCAGUUGGUGGCCAAAUCUAAUGUUGGUCGCGGUGAUUAUAAAAAGGGGCAGAAUGAAGAGUCUUUCGCUAGCGUGGAUCUGAGUACGGCUAUUGCCUUGAUCAAUAGAUACUGCGGCAAGCUACCAUCAGACACGUUCACCCGCCUAGCGCCCCAGUGGUGGAUGGAAGAGGUGGCACUCCCGGUGAAGGGAACCGGCCAGGUCCGGCCGGCGUACAUAUGUACCCUGCGGCUGCCGCUCAACUGUCCCGUCAAAUAUAAUAUCGUGGGCCACCCGAUGCCGACGAAAGUAUUAGCUCGCCGCAUGGUGGCGCUGCAAGCGUGCAGGAUUCUACACAAGUCCGGCGAGCUAGAUAACCAGCUGAUGCCUAUAGGUAAAGAAAACUUCAGAGCGGUGGAAUUGGAAGGCGUGAACAACCUCGGUGCCUGCACGGGUAACGAACCCGCUGACGCCCACGACUCCGCCCGCCCCGGCACUACGAAACGAAGGCAGUAUUAUUAUAAACGGACAGCCUGGGCGUUCACCGACUGCCAGCCGGUUAUCGACUCUACUGACGCAGAGAUAUACCCGGGCAUCGAUCCUGAGACCCUGGAGAUAGACAGCGAUGUAGAGGCUUCAAGUCAGGAUGGGAGGAAGGAGGGGACUAGACAUAAAGAGGGCAGGAAGGACUCUGGUAAACGCAACAUGCUAUACGCUAUAGUUUCAAAGCUAUGGUGUGCCCUCCCCGAGCGAUACAACACCCGAGGCAGGCGGCUCCACGCGCCGCAGUUAGCUAGCCAAGCUAUAGGAAUACUCAUGGCUAGACAAGAGCCUGACAAUCUGCAGAUCCCCGCGUUCCCGGUGUACACGCGGUCGGGCGAGGUCCGAGUCUCGGUGGAACACGUGCCCGGCGCUGACGUCAGGGUGUCGCCGCGCCGGGGGAAACUUAUACGCAGGUUCAUGCGCUUUGUAUUUGCCGAAGUAUUGCGCGUCAGACGGCGCGGCAUGAAACUUCAGAGCGAGGGGUCCACACAUAACAACUAUUACAUCGUGCCUACUAUUAAAACGGUGACACCAGACGGUACACACAAGAUAGACAUCGACUGGGACUUCCUGGAGCUGAUCUACCAGCACACGGAGGAGAAGAAGGCCAGCGACCUGGAGAAACCGGUGCUAUGGCAGGAGGUGCCUGAUGAUGAGAGGGGUGAUAAGGAUUGUAAUAGACGCAGAAGGGGCAAGAAGCGAAUGGCGAACCCCCUUCUGAAACAAGGGGAGACGUUUGUGUUCGACGCGGAGAAGUACAAGGAGGCAGUCGUCACGCCCUGGUAUAGGAACCAGGAUCAGCCUCAGUUCUUCCUAGUAGCGGAGAUAUGUUGGAACCUGACUCCGGACUCCUCGUUCCCUUCAGCCACCCACCAGAGCUUCCGCGACUACUACAGCACGAAGUACGGAGUGACCCUCACGCAGAGAGACCAGCCCCUGCUCGACGUGGACCAUACCUCCGCCAGGCUCAAUCUGCUUACACCUAGAUACGUGAACCGCAAGGGCGUAGCCCUGCCAGUAUCGUCGGAGCGCACCCGGCGCGCCAAGCGGGACCGGCUGGACCAGAAGCAGAUCCUCGUGCCCGAGCUCUGCCGCCUGCACCCCUUCGCCGCGCCGCUAUGGUUCGCUACCGUAGCGCUACCAUGUGUGCUAUAUAGAAUAAACGCCCUCCUGAUAGCGGACGAGAUACGCCGCGCUGUCGCAAUAGACGUAGGUCUGGGUAUACCGAAGAUCAAUGACCACACGAUGCCCGGCUUCCAGUGGCCCGCGCUCGACUUCGGAUGGAGUCUGGCUGAGGUACUAAGCGCAGAUUCAGAGAAAAACGAUAAAAAGAAGGACGAAGAAGAAUCAAAGAAAGAACUAAAAGAAAAAGAUAGUGAAAGCAGCAGUGAAAAAGAGAAGACAGAAGCGGACUCGCAGAAGAGCACAGAAGAAGACACUGGUUUAGAAGACGACAGUCCGCCUGCUGAGAAGACUAUCAACGAUAUACUGCAGGAGAAGGAGGAUGCUGAGGCUGAUGCUGCGUUUGAAAUAGGCACUUGGAGCAACGACAUGGCGUCCUCGAUCCCCGAGACCUCGGAGUACGACGAGCUGAUGGAGCCUCUCCCCCCUAACCUUACAUUCUGCACUUCUGCUUCUGGCGGUACGAACUGGUGCGAUCCCGUCAGCAAGCCGAAGUACAACCAGUACGGCGCGUCGAAGAACUUUUCAAUGGCCGACAGCGAUGAUUCCUUCAUGUCUAGCGACCUAGACUCAGACGACACAGACCUGGACUACGAGGGUAGCGAUGAGGAUGCGGACGCCAAUGGAUUCUGCAGCAGUAGGAAUGCUAACACAACAAUGGGCGUCCGCAUAGAAUAUAAAACAGCUCAUGAGGCUGAAGCCUUCGAUAUAGAACGUACGAAGAAAGUGAACCCGGCGCCGAUGCCGGAUGAGGCAGACGAUGCCAGGGACAGGGCGCUACAUGAUGAGCUGAUACGGCAGGGGAGCGCGCCUGAAGAGUACAUAGAAAAAUUCCGUUCAGCCGUCACCCAACACAAACAAGACAUCAUAGACAAGAACCAACUCAUUACCAAAGACGACGACAUCACAGAAAUCCUACCAGAGACAAAAGAAACCUACCACAGCUCUAUUAUCUGUAAAAAAAGUGAGACACAAGCCAUAGACGAACUCUUCCCUUAUACCACAGACGAACUAGAGUUUAAAGAUGGCCAGAUCACAAUAGAAAGCAUAGAGAGAAAUAAGAGAGUAUUGCUAGCUCAAAUAAAAGAAAAACUACCAAGCUACCAAUUGAAUAAGUUAAAUUGUUUCUCUAUGAAAGAUAUUAAUAUUGAUUCUAAAGAUUAUGUCAAUGAAAAGGUUGUUAAUGUCGGUUUUGAUACUAAAGAGGGGUAUAAAGGGGUUUGUAAGGGAGUGGGGGAGUUUAUUCCUUAUUAUACGGAUGGGAGGGGUGGGAAAGAGUUUGAUUUUGACUUUCAACCUGUGUUGGAGGGGCAUCCGGGGCCGAGUCCUAGUGUUAUUUUGCAGGCCCUAACAAUGUCCAACGCGAACGACGGUAUAAAUCUAGAACGGUUAGAGACGAUCGGCGACAGUUUCCUAAAGUUCGCUAUAACUGCGUACUUGUACUGCGCACACCCCACCGUGCAUGAGGGGAAACUCAGUCAUAUGAGGAGUAAGCAGGUAUCAAAUCUGAACCUCUACCGUUUGGGUCGCAACAAGCGUCUGGGCGCGCGUAUGAUCGCGUCCAAAUUCGAACCGCACGACAACUGGCUACCUCCUUGUCAUAAGCCGCCCCCUACACUACAUCCCAGGUUGAAUGGCGAAGGUAAAGACAUGAUGCAGCACCUAGAGACGCCAUUGGACGCCGCCGGUUGUUUCAUCCCGUACAACUUGAUCACGCAGCAUAGUAUACCAGACAAAUCAAUAGCCGACUGCGUGGAAGCCCUAAUAGGGGCCUAUCUCCUCGAGUGUGGUCCCCGCGGAGCCCUGCUCUUCAUGUCUUGGCUCGGCAUCAGGGUGCUGCCGUGUCACCAUGUCGAGUUGGACGAUAACCACCCGUUCGUGAGCCGAGCUACGAAGAUGGAGAAGGAGAAUCAGGAACCCAAACCCCCCUCUACCCCGGACCUGAAGCGCAGUUCCUCUACAUCAUCCUGCUCUGACGACGAGGGUCCCCCCCAACAGGAGGUGUUCCCUGCCGAGGACUGGUCGUGGCCGGCCCGCGCUGUAGGCUCGCUGCAGCCGUAUAGAGAUGCUGAUGGGAAGUGGAUGCAGCCAAUAUUCGGCGAGUUGAGGGCGCCACCGUCGCCUUUGCUCCGGUAUAUAGAAGAUCCUGAAGGGGAGUUGGAACAAAUGCUAUCAGGCUACGACGCCCUGGAGCGCACCCUGCAGUACCGGUUCCAGGACCGCUCCCUCCUCCUGCAGGCCCUCACGCACGCCUCCCACCACAGCAACAGACUCACAGACUGCUACCAGCGACUCGAGUUCCUGGGAGACGCUAUACUAGAUUACCUAAUAACCCGUCACCUGUACGAGGACCCGCGGCGCCACUCGCCGGGCGCGCUCACCGACCUCCGCUCCGCGCUCGUCAACAACACCAUAUUCGCUACUCUCGCCGCCCGGCAUGGCUUCCAUAAAUAUUUCCGGCACAUGUCGCCCGGACUGAACGAGGUGUUAACGAAAUAUGUGAAGAUACAGGAGGAGAAUGGACACUCCAUUAGUGAAGAGCAUUACUUGAUCCAAGAGGAUGCUAUGGAGCAAGCUGAGGAUGUGGAGGUUCCCAAAGCGUUGGGUGACCUGUUCGAGUCCGUAGCUGGAGCCAUAUUCUUGGAUUCAGGCAUGUCCCUGGGCGCCGUGUGGAAGUCCUACGUGAACCUGAUGGGUGCCGAGCUGGAGGCGUUCAGCGCGGCCGCGCCCAAGUCCCCCGUACGGGAGCUACUGGAGGCCGAGCCUGAUACUGCCAAGUUCGGCAAACCGGAACGCCUAGCAGACGGCCGUCGCGUCCGUGUGUGUGUCGAAGUCUUCGGGCGAGGUACUUUCAAAGGUGUCGGUAGAAACUAUAGGAUAGCCAAGGGAACAGCCGCACGAUGCGCCUUGAGACACCUGAAGGUGCAUAGAGCUCGCUAACUAAGCUGAAGAUAUGAUGGAGAGGAUCUACGUUGGAUGAGAAGACUAGAAGCAAGGCUCGGUUACCGGUUAAGUCUUUGACUGCCAAUAGAAAACUGUUGAAGGCAAAUCCUCCGCUAACGUCGGUCACCGGUGACCACCGCGGCGUUCAAUGUGUUAAA